GUGAUUCAACAUGGCGGUUAAAAACGGUGCAUACAGUCUGGAGGAAAAACGGGAAGCUGUGGCUUUUUUUAACAAGAAUGAAGUGCCAAAACAGAUUGAGGAUCUUUUGAAUAAGAUGUUCAAGGAGAAACCCAAUGAUGUUUUUGGAUACAUGGUACGUAUAUUCUUUCCUGUGCUUUUUUUUUUUUCGCGUCAGCUUACGGAGACAACAGUCUUGCACGUUAUUUACUAAUUCAUUCUACGAGUAUAUACAUUUAGUUUUGGGAUUAAUCAGCACAUAUAAAUUUGACGAAAAAAUUUGAUAGAUCCUCACUCUCUCUGUUAACAUGGAAUGUGUUGGGAUGUUUUCAUUCUUUCACAUUUUGAUACGUUGAUGUUACAGAUUUGAUUCAAACAACAGAAACUGUGAGUUUACUGCAUUUCUUUUUGUUCCCACGGUGGCAUGUAAAACACACAUGCCCCGUCAUGGCAAAUUAUUUUAGAGAUUCAUCUACAAUGCAGCACACCUUUUUACUUGUCAGCUUGGUGAUUUUUACGUAUCGAUCAAAUAUUGAGACAGUUACAUCUCCAUCUAAGUAACAUAUUUAUUGGGCAUUGGAGAUCAGAAUAUUAUUCAGCUACAAAUGAUGUAAUUUACCGUUCAAAAGUAAGUUGACAGUCUCGACUCAAAACGCGAUCCUCGAUGCUUGAAACUAUCGAGAAUCGAGAAUCGAGGAUCGAGACGCUAGUAGAACUUUUCGAGUAUUGAGAGCGCAUUUUGGAGGAAACGAUUAUUUCAAGCAAGCAAAACAGUAGCUAAAGAUAAAGCACUUGACAUGCUCCUCCAUGACACAGGCAGCUUGCAUGUAUGCAAAUAUACAAAAAUUAUGUACUUCUGAUUGGCUGAACAUAAGUUCAAAGUUGUAAUACAAGUGCAGAUUACAAUUAGUGCUCACAUCCUUUCAAAAUUUCUGUCUGUCUUGGCUUUCUCAGAUGUUUUUUCAUGUAAAUAGUUUUAACAAGAAUUAUAACAUAAUUUUUCUUCAAAUUUCACAGUUUCCCUAUGGGCUCCUGCAAUUUUUUUGUUUUUGAAAAAUUUAUUUGUGCUUAUUAGCACCAAAUUGCACUCAAAAUCAUGUUGUAGACUAUACAAAUUGCAGAAUUCUCUAAUUUGGUGAAAAUUUUGGAACCUGAGUCAUCUUUUGUGCAAACUUGAACAGCCAUAAGGUUUAUUAUAUCUCUCAGUUAGUGCACAUAAUAUUAUUGGCCAAUAUAGAGAGCUGUAUUUCACUGUAUGGCUGGCUGCAUGUAAAUUCAAGAGUUUGUUUGAAUUGAAAUCUUUCUUCUCUAUUUGAACCCAGAGAUAUAAUAAAUAUCUCACUAACCUUAUUUUCUUGGUCUGUACUGUAAGUUAUGGAACCUCGAUUUUUGUACUUGGAUUUAUAACUUGUGCCAUAAAUAAACUUAAGUGCUGUACUGAAUUCCACUUUCUUUGCAGAAAAUGAAAAUGCAAUUAACCCAUGUAAACUCAUUUUAAAUACAUUGGCCUGGGCCAGGAGGGAAUAGGUAAUUUUAGGUUCCCUCAAGAUAUAACUUAUGUUUAGAGUUACAUUGAGAGAGCUGGUAUGAAAAACUUGGAUAAAACUGAUGAGGAGAAUAUGUGAAAGUCAGUUUAUGUAACUUUCUGAUUUCCAGGCAUGUAACUAAGAUGCUGUCUUAUUCACUGUCAUAGACUAUCAGGUCAUUAAUGAUAGUUUCAUUUGAUGUUUACAGGGAGAAUAUUUUGGGAAACGUUCCAAAACACCAACAAUAUCUAAGGUAUCUUACUUAGCUUGUGUUUUAAUAUUAACACCACAAUGGUAGUUAGAACCAGUGAUUAUUAUUUGCUCCCAUACCUUUUCACAAUUAUGUUAUGUAAUUAAAAGUGAGUUUUUGGUGUUCUCUAUUGUGUAUAGUGUCUUAAUUCAAACAUUAAACCUUCAGUUGGUAGUGUAGCAGUUUGUGCACAGGAUUCUUUGGCAGCCUGUGCUAUGUUGGCCAUAAAGAAAAGGAUUUUUUGCUAUUUUGAUGGCUUUGAUUUUAAACCUACUUUCCUUUCCACUGGAAGUUCCAUUAUGUGUUUGUGCAUCCUAUUUAUAAAAUUUUUGAUUUGGGUCUGGAACUUCAUCCUUGCCUUCCUUUCCAAGGUUUUCAUUUUGUUCAGCUUACUCAGAUUUUUUUCUGAAAUGACAUACUUGCUCUAACUUUUUAGAUGUAUGUACUUUAAAACUGCACAUGAACAUGCUUUUAUUAUUUAUGAUUUGUGGGCACACUUCACUGCUACUCUUUAUUCUUUCAUACGAUGAUAAUGAAUACAAGACAAUGAAAGUGUCAAAAUCAAACUGAUUUGAAAAAUUGUUUUAUCAAGAAAUAUUUUAACCACAACACAAAACAAGCGUGGGGAUUUUAAUCCUGAUUUUUUAAUCAGUACUUUUGUUAUAGUGAUUACUGUUUUAAUAUAACGAUUAAGUGCUUACAAAUUGUAAUCAUCCUAACAGAAAGAAACUAAUCCUGAUUAGCUUAGCUGAUUUGAUUUGUUCCAUUAUAUUGCUGACAGGUCUCAGCGAUAGAAAUCCUCAGUACCCGAGGAUUCCCAACCUUUGAAGUUAGCUUUGACUGCACCGUCAAUGGACUCUCAAAGGUACAGUGUUGGUGUAUUGAAUGAUUGACGUCAUCUGUGUUUAAUUUGCUUCCCUCCUUAUUAUAUUUUUGACGAGAGUUAUAUUUAAAAAUUAUUUACUGAAGUGGAGGUGGCUAGUGAUGGAUACACUGCUAGCCACCAUUACACCAAGGUGAAUAAUUUUUUUAGUGUAUACACAAAUAGUGAGACAUUCGUUUAUUCCCACUAUGGUUACAACAUUUUGGGGCACAGAUCCUGCAUGAGUUUUUCAGAGGUGAAUAAUGAAGGAAUUCAGAGUUUGAGUAACCAAUUAGAGAGCUCCUUUAACAUUAUCCUCUGUUUUAGUAUAAACUAAAUUUAUAUGUCUUUUCAGCCCAUAGCAAGUGUUGUAUCCCUUAUUGAUUCCAGUCCCCCAGCAGACUCUUUGAGCUCCAAGAUGGUCAAAACCCCAGACGUGAAAACCAAGACACCUGUCACUGAGCAAUCCAAACAGCAAAAGGGGGCAGAGACUGCUGUUAUGACCACUGUAGGGGAAUCCAUUAGUCCAGCCCCAGGACUAGAUGUGGCAGAGUCAAUUGAGAGAAUCACUGAUACUAUUGCACCACGUAUUGUGGGACUGGACCCAACUGAUCAAAUGAAGAUAGAUGAGAUGCUACAGUAAGGGAGUUUACAUGAUUUUGUUGAAUUAUGAAAAGAAAAAAAUUGUUCAUGUUCAGUGUGGGCUCCAAGUUAGUACUUUUUGGCCCAGCAGUGAAGACACAAUAUGCAGUUGGUACAUGUACUUACUGAAAAGAAUUCUAGACUUAGGGUAGACUCUGGUUUCCAUAUUGACCAAACAAAACAAAUUCAUCACAUUUCUUUUUGAAUUUCUGUAGUACGAUGCAAAAAUAAAUCAGCAGUGUAUUGUUAAUGAUAUCAUAGUAGAAAAGGCUUUAUCAUUUUAAACUAAGUUAAUUUAUGGUAUUUGUUAGAUCCCACAGCGGGACCAUCAGCCACAGAUCAUUCAAAAUGGUGUUUGGAUGAAAGUUAGAUUGGUGAUAAAAUCUAGGAUAGAUUACCUUACGGUCUUUGUAAAACAGAGCCUUUUUAGCCUAACCUGUCUUGUUUUUGAUGUUUCAAAGGUAAAGUUGAUAUACCACUUACACCCAAAAAGAGGGGUCAUGGAAAAAAAUUCCAUCUUGUCCAAAUGGUUUUCAUCAGUAUUUCAAUGGUUUCUGAGGGCUGAGAUUCCCCUGUGUUGUCAUGUAAUCUAAAAUUAGCAGAUUACCCCUUACACCAUUCCCAGGUUUGUAAUACCAAUUAAGAGGAGUAGGAAGCUUCCUUUUUUCUUGUCAGGCAAGGCUAUCUAGGUAAUUGAAGCUGAAAGGUGAUUGGGGAUUAAAAUUUGUCUGAGCUGUAUUGCUUCUGUGAAAAUCAGUAUUAUCCCCUCCCCUUUUCCCGGCCCCCCAGUAGGUGGGUCACUUUGAGUAUGAAAGUUUCCUACCUCACCCCACCCCUCCCCCUUCACCUAAUUCUUGUUUGUACCAAGUCACGUACACAUCGAAAUGUACUCUGCUUUCAAUUUAGGAAAAUGUUAGAAGAAGAAAGGCAGUCACUACAUAUUAAUAACAAUGACAGUGAUAAAGAUCAAACUGAGGAAGAACUGGAGCCUGAAAAAGCUGAGGACUCAAACAAGAAGUCAAAUAUGUCCAGAGGAGAGAGCAAACAGUCGCAAAUUUCACAGGAUACUAGCAAGAAAGGAGACAGCAAAAGAGGAACAGCUGGCAUCAAAGAGUCACAAGUACAAGUGGUGCCUGAUUUGGAGGAAGAGGAGAUCUGCAGAGAUGCGGCUAUAAUUGGUGUUUCGAUGGGGACGGUAGUCACCGGGGCAAAAAUUAAAGGACUCUCUUUGUACCAACAUCUUGCUAAACUUGUUGGAAAAGAGGUAAAUAUGCAUUCUAUAACUUCUCGUGCUUCACUUGGUGUGAGAAGGCGGGCAAAACCAGUUACUUCACUAACGAGUUGGUUUUCAAGACAAGUAAAGGGGAACCUUGGAAAAAUAUUUUGAAGAAGGGAGAUGAAGUUUGGUUCUUGGUUCGAAUUCCUUUAACAAGAACAGUGUGCAGCGUUCUCCUUUUCAGGCCGUAACCGGUACAAUUAACCUCCUGUAGUGCCUCUUAUUACCGCCUAAAAUCGCUUAGAAUUCUUGAAAAUCCAGCUUGUAGAAAGAUUACUCUACCGAUUUCUGUAACCUUUCGUGCUUAAAGUAGGGGAGAACUCUGAGUGUGAGAAGGUAGUGGUUUACUGCUGAUCGAAAAGGGCAUCCUUGUUAAACUAGAAAGCCACACUCUUUAAGGAUUGCUUUCGACAUCUCUCCUACAUAACGUGGGCGUUAUAUAGGAGAGUGAUAUAAAGUUGUGCAUUUGACUAGCCAAGAGAGUGGCGCGAAUUUCUGAUGCAAUCCUGAAUCACUUUUGACACAAUUGAAAAUGCUCCAUACAGUAACUAACUCUUACAAAGCACAGUUUUUGAUGCAGCAAAUUUUUGUUUUUGCAGACUGAUGAUAACUUUACUGUACCUAUUCCAAUGAUGACAUUAUUGACGAGUGGAAAGCAGGCUGCGGGAAAGCAAAAUCUUAUCAAAGAAGUUCUCAUUUUACCUCAGCCAGGAACGCCCAUGAAAAAGGUACUGUGCUUAAAACUAACCACUUUUGAUAGUUUAGUUUUUGGUUUAAAUUACUAAGCGUUUUACCACCGCUCAAAGACUUCAUGGUUGGAAAACGAUUCAACGAAACACUUUGUGAAACGGGGUGAGUUUUAACCAAAACAUUGUCAUGGCUUUAAAGGGAGCGAACAUAGGUAAAUUGUUUAGUUAACCAAGGUGAAAUAAAAUCAAAUCAACCCACUUAGUUGGAUUGCAAUACAGAGUUUUAAGGUUGAGGAUUUAAGAACUUGUCGUUAUAUUCUAUCUAUCAGGCCUUGCACCAGCUGACCAACAUCCAUCAGCAGAUGGGCGAGACUCUUGUUCAAAAAUACGGAGUAAGUUUUGCUUGUUUUUUAUUUCCUCCCAGCCCGUUUUUUUGUCACCUUUGAAUUCGAAUUCUUUUAUAUCUUUCUCCAGCCUUCUGGUCGGUGUGUUACUGAUGAUGGUAGCUAUUCCCCUUCAAUGGAUAAGCCAGAGCAGGCUUUAGAUUUUGUUCAAGACGCAGUGUCUUCAUGCGGCUAUAGCCUGGGUACUGAUGUUCACAUCGCACUCAACUGCGCAGCCUCAGAAAUUUAUGACCAGGUGAGAAUUUGAACUGAGGGGGAAAAGGAAGAGUGCUGUGGUAUAUUGUUUCUUGAACACUGAGUUCUUUUAUCAUGAUUAUGUUGUUUCAACAUCCUGCAAAAUACUAUAUUUUUUCUGAAAUCGUUGUCAUUUGUUUUGAACUUUUGGUAGAGUUGUGGGUUCAACUUAUUUAGUGUCGAUCGUUUGUUUAAUCCUAGCCGCAGCGUCGUGGAAACAAGAAGUCAAAACUUGUUAGUAGCGAUAGAAGUUUUAUCAGUAUCACUACUUACAGAGUUGUUGAAUAAACGAGUUUCUCUUUAUUGCAAAACGUUUCCAAUUAUACGAUUGAAUCAGCGGAGGCAAUUUAAUACCCCAUUCAAACCAACAACACAAUUGUAGUUAGACUAGGUUUAACUGAAUGAAAAAAAUGAAGGAGAACUGAAAAACUGAACUUUCCAUAAGUUGUAAGUAGUCUCUAACUUGUAUGUUGAAUUUGCUAAAUUUGAAGUUGACAAACAUCAUUUUAAAUAGCUUCUACAGAGAAAACGAUUUAUAACCGUGUUUACGAAACACAUUAAAACAUGUUUAACCUUUGGUGUGAAUGGGGUACCAGCCUAGUAAUUCAGUGAAUAACACUGACAAAUAAGUCAUGAACCAGGUUGUAAACGCAGUUUUGGUUUCAUCUUAAACAAAUGCGUGCAUGUAUGCGUUUAUGGUUAACUGUGGUUGAGGUGGGUGCUGCAUGUAGAGUUUUUUAUCGCUCUGUUGUGUGACUCCUUAGCAUAAAUAGACGUUUGUGAGUUCGUGACUCUUUAAGUUGCUACAAGUGUGGUUGUUUGCCCGCGGUCGUGAGCGAGUAAGUGACACACUAUCAGCGCUACUCAUUUGUUAUCGGCGAAAUCUAUGAGCAUGAAUCGAAAAAUCUAUUCUUUUUCGCAGGAAAAACUAAAGUAUGAGAUAAUGGCAAACGCCUUCAAGAGUCUGGACGAUGUGAUCAACCUGUACUGUGAACUUCACGAGAGAUACCUUGGAAUCAUAGCUAUCAUUGAUGGUGUCAGGAGUCCGGUCAGUGUUGUGAUGCGUGUAAAUUGGGGUUUAAGACUUACCUUCGCUUUAAGGAGUUAUGUCAGUGUUUUUGCAUCUCCCAAAGAAUGGUAGCCUAAAUUUUCAAGUCGAUCCUUAGUAAUCCGUCUUAAUCCUUCAACCCUAUGAGCGAUAAACAUCUAAUUUUUUCCCAACAGUUUCUCCCCUAAAUCAUUAAUAAGGACUUGAGAAUAAACGAAAUGAUCACGAAAGAAGCUCAUGAUUGUUAAACAAAUUCUCUUUGUAAGUACCACAGGAAAUGUAUAGAGAACAGUAUGGAGAAUAUGCAUACUGAUGUUAGAGUGUAAAGGGUUUAACUUCUUCAUCCACUUAUCCUUGUUCCUGCUCGCUUUUCUUUUGCGCUUUUCGUGUUUUUUGAUCUUACCGAACCGACGUUUCAGUUUGGAAGCAGUUUCGUUGUUAACUCAUGAUUCCUUACUUGAAAAUUUACCAAAACCUUUAGGACAGGGAGGGCUGGAAGAAACUCAGUCAGAGGAUUGGAGAGAAGUGUUUCAUUGUUGGCAGUGAAUUGUACAGAAAACAUUCCAGUGUUUUGGACAGUGGAGUCACCGACAAACUCAGUAGCGUUGUAGCUCUAAGCCUGGAUCAAGCCAACACUAUUACAGGAUUGUCUCAAAUGGCCAGGACCGUCACAGGUUGGUUAAAUGAACAAACUGAGAGAAAAUGCAGCCUUGUGAGUUUAAAUGAUCCAGGGAUUUUGCUGGGCCCUUGGUGUAGGUCAGAGGCGCUGCUAAGCAACAUCCUAAUGGUUCCAUGCUGACCGUCCAUGACAGACGGCACCGUUCACAAAAUAAUUUGCCCAAUUUUCUCUUAUUCCUUUUAAUACUUUGGCUAUGAAGUGUUAUUCACGCAACUUUUCUUAUAAACUGAAUUUUUUCGUUCAAGUUUAUUUACUUAUCCACGAUUUUUUUUAGAUCAGGGAGGUCUCAUUGCACUGGCAGAUGGACCAUGUGCAGAUUCUUCUUCUAUUCUAGUGGAUCUGGUGAGUUUUGUUGACUUUUUCACUCACAUAGAAUCAAAUUUACCUUUACUUAUCUAAACUUAAGUUGUAACCUAGUUUUGAUUGGCAGUGAUUGUCUACGCCAGAAGUAAAUAUAUUGUAAUGGUUUUCUUAACAAAGCGACUAUUUAUAGCUGACCUGUAACGGAGAAGACCCGACGAGGGGAUGGAGAGAUGGAAGUAAUGCUUUGGUGCAACACAAAAGCUAUAUUUUGAUUGGUCUUAGGAACAAAUGUCAAAAGCAACUAGACACAACAUUUGCUACACGUCUACUUUGCAGUACGCCUUAUUCGGUCUACAGAUUUUACGUCAUUCUCGUCAUCAGUCAACAGAUAAACUAAAACUAAUCAUGACUUGGUCAUUCACUUUUCCCACGGCUGAAAGGUCGUUUAUGUGAGUUUGCUUUGACUGCUUAUCGGUGCCUUGUUAGCACCUUAGGAAAUGUGUAGAGAACAGUAUGGAGAAUAUGCAUAUUGAUGUGAGGGUAUCGGUUUUUUUUUUUAAUUUAUUCCGCUAUUCCUUUUUUUCGUUAAAGACAGGAGGAAAGAACUGUUUAUUUUGAUGUGCUUAAAAUAGUUUCUUCUUUUUUUUCGAGUUAUCACUAGCUCGGUUUGGCUUACUACUCGCCUAUUUUAACUCAUUAUUUUUCCAGGGAAUGCUUGAUAGAACAAGCAGUUAAUUUUUCUUAUAGGGCUAGAAAACUUAAGGGCAAUAUUCAAACAUCAGGUUAACCUAAAACUUGAAGAAAUUGGUAGCUUUGUGAUUCAUAAAUGUUGAUCAAGAAAUAUUGAUCGUAGUACUAUUCAAUGAAAAAAUUACGUACGAGUUGAUGUCAGUACUCUCCGGUCAGUAUGGAUCAGAUAGUAGAGGUUAAAAGGAUAUUGGAAAUGCAUCCAUUAAGAGAAGAUUGAGUAAAAUUUUCCUUUUUUAAGCGGUGGUGUGCUCUAUGUACUUCAUGUUCUUUGCCUUCUUGGCAAGUUUCUGUUUGUGAUUUUCUUCUCAAGGGUUGUUUAAAGGACCCUUCAUGAAUAUGGCUGCAAAAGGCAGGUAAUGGUUUUCAGGCAUGUCGCGUGAAUUCCUCUCCCUCUUUCCUCCUCCAUCCUUUCUUUCUUUCUUCCUUUCUUUCUUUCUUCCUUCCUUCCUUCCCAACUGCCGGUAAACGUGCUAGCGUCAAAUACUACACUGCCAUCAAUCAUCUCUAUGUAAUCAACGGUAUAUAGUCGACUUGUGGCUGUGAUAAGUCCAUCCCUGUCACUUGUGAUAUCCACUGCAGAUGGUUCACUACCCGUGUGUACACACCAUAUUUGUAAGGUACACCGCAGCCAAUGUGUCCAAAGGACGCCACUCCUGUCAGGAACCACCUCUUUCCAUCUCCUUGGCACAUUAGUGGUCCUGAAAAAGGAAGGACACUUGUUAUUCCUGAAGACAAAUUACUCAGGUAUACAAAAGGUUUUAGGUGGUCGACGUCCGUUGCUUCUUUAAGAUCGUGCCUGUGACAGCCGUAACUCCAAAGGAAUCAUGACUUAACGAUCGAGAUUUACGUGGUCUAAAAAACGCUGAAAAGGGGGGAUUUGGAGUUAUGUUUUGCAGAUAUCAAGGUCGUCCAAUGUAGGUAGUCUGGAGGUGGUUCAAAUUGUCCAUCAAAGUUAUUAUCUAGGUGUUUAUGAUUCUCAGUGCUCGAUGGCGAUGCAACCUCGUUUCCUCUAUUUCUAGAUAUUGUAAACCCCAUGAAUACAUAUGACUGAUGCAUGGAAAAAUGUUUUCAGUUGUAAGUAGGGGGCUCGUUUCACUUUCCUUCGAAUUCUGUAUUUUUUAGUGUUAAAAAAGUCCAUCUCACCUCCACUGUCUCCCUCGCAAGUAUCGACACCCCCCUGUUUGUAUCCAGCACAGAUCAAGUUGCCACCAAUAACUCCACUAUAUGACUUGGGGCCAUUGCACUGUUCAUGCGACACAAGUGGUAAAGCGGCUUCGUGAAGAAUUCUUGUAGCAGGGCCUUUUACUUUCUUAGUGCCCCAGCCAGCGAUAUAACACAUCGUGCCUAAGAACAAAACAAACUAGAUAGGUAAAUAGAUCAAAAUUGAAGUUAUGCUCUGAUUAUUGUUAUGUUUUAUGGGAGCGUGGUGUACUUUGUUUCACUACUUUUUUUAAUGAUUUUUGGUUGUUUCCAAAACGUCGUGCCACCCACUCGAUUAGUCUGUAGCUUGUGUACCAAGCGUGUUUCCCUCUCCAAGGACAUAAAUUUUUCCGUUCUAAUUGGUUGAAGAUCAAGUUUGCAGCGUCACUAACAACAUCUGAAAAAAAAUUACUUAAACAUGCAAAUUGUAAAAACUAACAGACAAGAAACGAUAAGUUCCCAUUCUUCUUACCAGCUUUAAAGAGUUGCCCAUUAUCAAGACACAUGCUUUUCACAUUUGAAGUAAAGUUGACCGGACUGCUAAGCUCUAUUAAAGCGAUGUCGUGUUUUGAAUAAAUUUGCUUUCCGUUGGGCGUAUUUUCCACUCCUAUGUCCCAUUUAGGAUGCAGCACAACUUUCUUUACGUUUAGAUCCUCCUCUGUUCCUUCAGGCUGAUCCAAAUUAUGUUCACCAACGCGCACCUUGAAUUAAAGGUUUGUUUUUAGAUUUUGACUUGUAAUUUAACCCUCAAACACUAAAAGUGACUGGCUCUUACUAUCUCCUUACAGUAUCACCCUUGAAUCAAAUUUGAAGAUCACGAGAACAUUAUAUUCAUCAUCUUUAAGUGUCUCCACUGUGUACGAGGUUUCGUCUGAAAUGUUCGAGGUGAUUUUUGCUAGAGAUACCGCAUUUGAUGUCAAUAGACAAUGGAAAAUUCUGGUCGAUAUAUCAAUAGUUACGAGGAAUACAUUACCUUCAGCAUCUCUGGAUAUUUACUGGCUGCUGCUAGUAUGGGUCCAAUAUUGGCAAUGGUGCAGUGAGCUGCGGUGAUGACCCAGCGGUCCGAUAUAAGGGCGGCCCCACAUUUGAAAUACUCUCCCAGCCCCGUGACAAAAAUGCUCGUCAUCCAGGGCCAGCUGCCGGGCUUAGCUUCAUGUCCUCCAGUGAUCCUUUUAUCACUUGACUGCUCGGCCCAUUUUGGUCUUACACCACAAAGCUCUUAGAGAGAAGAUGCAAAGGAAAAGGUAGAGUUAGGAAGCUUCCCCUGAGACUGUUCAGUCUGAAUUUCGGAGUUUAGACAGUAAAUCCUCGAAUAAGCCCGGGCGCUAAUUUCCAGUUUGUAAAGGUACUAGUGUAGGUCUGUUUGGUAAAGAACUGCAUUUGUGGUAACCUGUCAACCCCCAGAAGUGAUAACUUCUCCCUAUAAUAUCCAUACGUCGUCCAGCAAACAGGUAAUGAGAAUACUCGAACUUAUCAGGUAAAAAUAGUUAUCUUUAUCUAAUUCUCGUAACUAAUUUGAACAGAAAUGUGUAGCAGCUAGACGGGGGAAUUAAAAAAUCAGAUAUUUAAAGUUAAAGGGUUCAUAGUGAAAGACUUCGGCAAACGUCAUAACAUUGCGGUGUAUUUCCACCCGAAGGCCUUCACUCAUUCCGGAAUUUCUUUUUCAAAGAGCACUGUAUUAAUUCAGCAAUUGGUUUACUAGGUUUCGAUAGGCCUCUCUGUAGUAGUUAUUCAAGAAGCUAUAAAAGUCAAUUUUGUGGACAAUAUUUUUGUUUAUCGGUGUAAAGUGGAUCUUCGCAAUUCAAUCAGUUUAGCUUGGUUCCAUUUCAAUUUUGAGUUGGCUGUACAGUUUUGUGACAUGAAGAUGAAAUCGAGGUCUCCAUGGCAAAAGCGUUGUCUGAAAUUCGCUAAGAACUUUGUACGGGUAGGAAAAGUAGGUCAGACUCGAUCUUCUUUGACGUCACAUAAAAACCCGUCAUACGACCUGCUUAAUCUGAGACCGCGAGAGUUAGAAAAAAAACUCGGCUAAUUCGUUUACUUCACCCACACCUUUUGUUUAGUUUCAAAUAUAUAACGAAACGGUAUUUUUGUGUCCAGAAACGCAAGUUUUUCUUGGUGUUGAAUCGUUGAUGAAGGAGGCCGAUAGCUUAGAACACUCCAAACCGCUAGAUUGCUUUUGUUGACCAACCAUUUAGCUGAAGACAGGUUUAAGCAGCGGAACAAAAUUCCUCAUGGGUUUUUUACCUUGCUGAAGGAGUAGAAAUUAAGUAAGAUGAAACUUUUUACGUUUCAGAGCCGUUCUUAGCAACUCUAACAAGCAAACCUUGCGUAGUAUAGAAUCGAAGGUAUUAGAUGUGACGGUCAAAAUGUUCACCGUUGUCCGACUCAUUCAUUUCAAAUGUUUCCUAGUUAUAACAUGAGAUGACAAGGCUAGUGUAAAUCCUACGGUCGCUAGUUUUGAUCCUUUUGCGCGAGCCUUCAUUCUUAAGCUAUAAGCGUUUGCUGACAAUUGGUGGAUGUUUUCGUAUGAAUUACCAAAAAGCGAAGGAUUAUCCACUCACCGCGGUGAAAUAACGGAAUUAAAUAUUCGCUCUCACCUGCUGUUUGGGAAGAAACACAAACUUGGCAGAAGUGACAGGUAGAAUAUAUCAGCAAGACACAGCUAACAAAAGUCCUUUGCAGAAUCAUUUUUUGUUGUUUUGUCGCUGAACUUAUUUCCUCUUCUUUCUUUGUUUUAUGUAUAAUGUUUUCUAUACAUUGCUGGUAGAGACUGGUGAAAUUAUGAAACCGUUAUUUUUAACCAUUACUCUCAUAAAGUCAAGUGUUCAAGGCAGGUCUGUCUGACUUUUCUCUAAGAAUCAUGUUUAGCAGCUAACGUCUCAAAGAUUUGCUCUUUUUAUUUUGUUUAUUUCAUCAUCGAUUUGUGUUAACAGUGGUUUACCGUUUGCUUUGACUGCUAAUUCAAGUUUCCAAGAGUUCUAACUAGUAAGUUAAACAUACCUUAACCUUAUCCCUUAGAUUUUGACUUUUGUAAUUUAACCCUUAGCCACUAAGAGUGACUGGUUCCUAUUUUCCCCUUACAAUAUCGCCCUUGAAUCAAAGUUGAAUGUCAUGAGAACAUUUCAUUCAUCAUCUUAAAGUGUCUCCACAGUCUGCAAGGUUUCAUCUGAAAUAUUUGACAUGAUUUUUGCUAAGGAUACUGCAUUUGAUGUCGAUAAGCAAUGGAAAAUUUUGGUCAAUUUAUUUAUAGUUAUGAGGAAUACAUGACCCUUAACAUCUCUGGAUAUUUAGUUAAAUUCUGUGGUCAGUUUUGCGUUUAAGUGUCUAUUGAUAAGCUCAACUUGACCUUACUUGUCACGGUGAGGGUUACCCGUAAAACAGCUUGAAUUGUAUCACUGUGGUUCAUUCCGACGUGAAAAGCCGGAGCCCGGGAAAAUCAACAAAAUUUUACCCACUUCAUAGCUAAAUAGAUAAAGAUUUACACUUUUAGCUCGAAAACACGUUUCCAAACACACUGAUCUUUACGCUCAUGAAUCAAAAGACUGUUUCAAAUGUUCAAAGUUUUCUCUUGUCAGGGAAAAUCUUAAGGAAAGACUGAAUUAAAUGGAAAUCUACGUUAGCUCUCUAACCUUGAAAACAAAGUCCAAACGUCCUCACGUAACAUACUUCAUUGUUCAGAUGUACUUUCCUCUAUUGCGCAAGAGUCGUUGGUUUUUUUUUCAGUAUCGCGUAAGUAACUGCAGUCGUGACGCAGACAAACGGUGCGAGCGCGCGCGUUUCACCAUUUGCGCGUUCGCACGUGGAAAACUUAACUCGAAUUUUAGAGCUCUCGACAGAAAGGUGGAAAUACGUGGUUAAUGGUUGAGCUCUUGGAAUGCAUCUUGCCCUUCCUUGCAGCUGGAAUUUUUUUUCUAAUAAUAGCAGCCGUGUUUUAUUUUUCAGGCAGUGGCUUUUGGUGCGCGGUUCAUCAAACUCGGCGGUCCAGUCCGCGCUGAGCAUGUCAGUAAGUACAGAAGAUUGCAGCAGAUCGAGCAGGAACUGGAGCAGAGAGGUCGCUUAACGGCUCAAGGAAGAACACGUGUUUCCUGUUAUUAAUGAGGUCGAGGAGGAAGAACCGGAGAGCGAACAAAGUUAAAGCCUGCGGGACAUUUUUUGACUGUAAUUAGUUAAAUUCUUUUCGCCCUUCGUCUUUCGCUUUGACGAACAUUUAACGCUAGAACUUCAGUUUUAGAACCUCUUUAUGGUGGCUGAUUUUCAUUAUCAACUCAGUUGAUAAAACUAAAUUAUGUUGUAGUACCCCUACCAACGCAUUACCAAUGUGACAGUUUCUUUAGAAACUUGCCCCUUUUGUUCCUAUAUAAACGCAGGCUGUGAGGUUGUGGUUUUCACUAUGUUUAAUCACUUUAACAAACGGCAGGUGAGUUAAACGUCAACUGCAGUCAGACUAACAGACACAUUUCGUGAGCGCACACAAGGUAUUUAGUGCCAAAUUUAACUUGCGAGUGUCGUUAAACCAAAGAAAUCACUAAAACCAAUGGGAACAAAAUCAACUUGGCAAGGAACCUUUAAGGUAAGGAACUUGAGGUAAAUGCAUCCUAACGCCUCAUGCGCGGAAAAGCGCAGAUUACACGGUCGCGAUUUCUGUAAAAAAUCCAUUUUCAAAAAAAUAGGCUAGAAUCCAAACUCCUCAGAAAACAUGUACUAAACUUGUUGAAUGAGCCACGAUAUUUGGCUAAAAUAAAAACUAAGAAACUUCUUAAAAAAUUCCAAACACAGGGGUAACAAAUUUAUGCGAACGAAAGCUCCAAAUCAUCGAACAAAACUCCGUAGAAUAACAACAUACAUGCAGACACUUUGUCCGGUCCAGCGUGUAUUUGAUGCGUUAGUUUUCUUCGUCAUGUUCACAGGCGAUUCUAUGGUCAUUUCACAAGCGAAAUGAAACUAAAAAGAUGAAAGCGCACGUUUGAUAAUUAUUGUAUAGCGUUGUACAAAGUUAAGUUUCGUUAUCAGUGUAUUUGUGUUUUGGAUUCAGUUGCAAUGAUGUCGUUGCCUGCUACUGUAGUCUAAUUCGAAAAGCGUUCAACUGUGGUUGUCUCGCAAAAUAGCUCUGGAGCUUCCUGAGCUUUUUGCACGACAACGGUAGGAAUUAGAACCCUCGUGUAUAUAGGACGAGUGGGUAAUCACAUUACUAAUGAAAAUAACCGCAUCUGGAU